AUGCCCGACCACCCAGAGUUUGCGCGCGCCGGGCAGCAGACCGGUCUGCAGGUCUGGAGGGUGGAGAGCUUCGACCUGGUCCCGGUGCCUCAGAACCUGCAGGGAGGCUUCUACACCGGAGACUCUUACCUCAUCCUCAACACCAUCAAGCAGAGGUCUGGAGCUCUGCAGUAUGACCUGCACUUCUGGCUCGAAGAACCGGAAGGAAGGAAGCCGGGUCUGAGCAAAGAGAGGGAAACUGAGGGUGGCGUAGCAAAGGAGUGA